AUGGAGAGAGCAUCUCAAAUCACCUUCUUCCUGUUACUUAUCAUCCAUUUCGGCGCAGCUCAAAAUGCUACCACAAGUGGAGCAGAUGAGUUCCCUGUCGGAGUGAUCCUUGACUUGGAUUCAUUGGGGGGCAAGAUGACACGGACCAGCAUUUUGAUGGCCCUGGAAGACUUCUAUGCAGUCCACAGAAACUACAGCCCGAAGCUAGUUCUCCACAUCAGGGACUCCAAAAGUAACAAUGUCCAAGCUGCAUCAGCAGCUCUCGACCUGCUAGAGAAUUACAGUGUCCAAGUUAUCAUAGGCCCUCAAACAUCUUCACAAGCAGCAUUUGUAUCGGAUCUCGGGAAUAAAACUCAGGUCCCUGUCAUCUCCUUCACAGCAACAAGCCCAUCUCUUUACUCUGGCAGUCUUCCAUAUUUUGUUCGUGCAACAUUGAGUGACUCUACACAAGUGAAUAGCAUUGCCUCCCUAAUUAAGGCCUACGGGUGGAGACAGGUGGUGCCAAUUUAUGAAGAAACUGACUAUGGUAGAGGUGUCAUACCAUAUCUCAUCGACGCCCUCCAAGAAAUUGAUGCCCGUGUUCCCUAUCGGAGUGUGAUCCCUCUGUCAGCAACUACUGAACAAAUUACCCAAGAACUCUAUAAGUUAAUGACAAUGCAAACAAGGGUCUUCGUGGUGCAUAUGUCACCUGAUUUGGCGUCGAUCCUCUUCACAAAGGCAAAAGAGGUUGGUAUGAUGAAGAAAGGAUUCGUAUGGAUCAUGACAGAUGGACUAACCAAUGUCAUAGACUCCAUGGACCCUUCUGUCAUGGAUGCAAUGAAUGGUGUUUUAGGUGUAAAAUUUUAUACUCCUAAAUCAGCAGAACUGGAUAACUUCACCAUACGCUGGAACAGGAGAUUACAGAUUGAUAACCCAAAUGAUCCACCACUGAAACCAACCAUAUUUGAACUCUGGGGCUAUGAUACUAUAUGGGCGGUAGCACAAGCAGUUGAAAACCUUGGUAUUAAGAACAAAACAUCAUUUCAAAAACCAGCAGUUGCAAGAAAUAUGACAAGCUUGGGAACUUCUGUUUAUGGACCGGAUCUCCUAAAGACCAUCUUGCAAUACAAAUUUAGAGGUUUGAGUGGUCAUUUUGACCUUUCUGGCAGGCAGCUGCAAGCCUCUACAUUUCAGAUCAUAAAUGUAGUUGGUAAAGGGUGGCAACAAAUUGGGUUUUGGACUGCAGAGAAUGGUAUUUCCCGGCGACUAUAUCACGGGGAAGCAAUGCCACAUCAUUCAGGCUUAGCUUCUGACCUAAACCCCGUGAUUUGGCCGGGAAAAUCAACAGAGAUACCGAGAGGGUGGGAAGCUCCUGUAAAUGGGAAGAAGCUUCGAGUAGGAGUGCACGUAAGUGUAUACCCACAAUUUAUGACAAGUGGAAAGGAUCCAAUCACAGGGGCAACUAAAGCAAGUGGCCUUUCAAUUGAUGUAUUCGAAGAGGCAGUUAAAAGACUUCCCUAUGCACUACCCUAUGAAUAUGUAGCAUUUGGCACUACAAAUGACACAAGCAGUGGAGGUUAUGAUGAUUUUAUUUACCAAGUUUACCUUAAGAAAUAUGAUGUAGCAAUUGGGGAUAUAACAAUCUCACAUAACAGAACUUCCUACGUCGAUUUCACUCUACCGUACACAGAAUCAGGAGUGGCAAUGGUUGUUCCAGCCAAGAGCAGCAGAACUAACAAAGCAUGGAUUUUCGUUGAGCCAUUAUCACGUGGCCUGUGGCUCAGAAGCAUCGGAUUAUUGUUCUACACAUGGUUUGUUGUCUGCAUAUUGGAGCUUCUGGAAAACAACAUAAAUAUUACUGGAGAAGUUCUGAGAAACAUCGGGAUUAUGACAUUUUUUUCUCUAUUUGGAGACAACAGAGUGAGACACUUACUAUCUCGGAUAGUCUUGAUUGUAUGGGUGUUUUUCUUCCUUGUAUUGUCAGCAAGCUACACCGCAAAUUUGGCAACAAUGCUUACCAUAAGACAGCUAAAUCCAACUAUAACCGAUAUCCAUGACCUCCGUAGAAGUGGGGACUAUGUAGGAUGCACUCAUGGUUCCUACGUCCAGAGUCUACUGGAACAACUCAAUUUCGACAAAUCGAAGAUCAAGACCUAUAGUACCUAUGACGGAUUUUACAGUGCACUCUCGAAGGGAAGCAAAAAUGGCGGAAUUGCCGCGUUCAUUCAUGAAGUUCCAUACAUCAGAUUAUUUCUGGCAAGGAACUGCAAAGGAUACACCAUGGUUCCAUUUUAUAAGGCAGCAGGUUUUGGAUAUGCAUUUCCAAAAGGAUCUCCUCUAGUUGGGGACAUCUCAAAGGCAAUCCUCAGUGUAAUAGGAGGAGAUACCAUCAAUCAAAUUGAGAAGAAAUGGAUCGGAGUAGGAUAUGAAAACAACUGUAACAAUGCAGGACGUGCACCUGAUCCAGACGAACUCACGUUUGGCAGUUUUCGAGGACUUUUCAAACUUAAUGUAGCUAUCACGACAUCCUGUUUUGUGGUAGCUGUGAUCAUUUACUUGUAUCCAAGGAACGAGCAACGUGGCCAAAAUGGGGAGCAGGCACAAGGAAAUGGAGGCGAACAGGCUGGAGACAGGCAACCUGGCCAUAAUGGGGGACAGGCACAAGAAAAUGGAGGCGGGCAGGCUGGAGGCGAGCAACCUAUCCAAAAUGGGGAGCAGGCACAAGGAAAUGGAGGCGGGCAACCUGGCCGCACAAGGAAAUGGAGGCGGGCAGGCUGGAGGCGAGCAACCUGGCCAAAAUGGGGAGCAGGCACAAGGAAAUGGAGGCGAGCAGGCUGGAGGAGCGAUGGUUCAACAGUCUCCUAUGGGGGUCCAAGAAGAGACAGGUCAACAAACAAGUGA